AUGACAUCGCUGUCAUUUCUUUAUCUGGAGGGCACUAGGGUGUCCGGCAGUCUGCCGCCCACGUGGAGUGGGAUGACAAACGCCCAGCUUUUGCAGCUGGAGAACUGCGAUCUGUCCGGCAGUCUGCCCCCCUCGUGGUCUUCGAUGCCGAAGCUGCAGAAAGUGUCACUGAGCGGGAACCACUUCUGCGGGUGUGUGCCCGACUCGUGGACGGCGAAGGAGCGCCUCGAUGUGACCAUCGAGGAAUGGCACAAGGGCGAGGACUGCAAGCUUGCUAACGCCUGCCGCCCGACUACUGCUCCGCAAACAACCACGACGACCACGCCCACGACCACCACGACCACGACCACCACGACUAACCCGCCCACCACGACGACCACGACUAACCCGCCCACCACGACGACCACGACUAACCCGCCCACCACGACGACCACGACUAACCCGCCCACCACGACGACCACGACUAACCCGCCCACCACGAGUACCACGACUAACCCGCCCACCACGACGACCACGACUAACCCGCCCACCACGAGUACCACGACUAACCCGCCCACCACCACCGGCACCCCAGCAGCCUCCUCUACUCCUUCUCCAGGGUCGGGGUGCGAGGUGGAUGGGUGUGAGGUGUGCGAGGGGGACUCCGCUGCGCGGUGCGCCAGGUGCCGUGAUGACUACUCCCUGACGGACGAGAGGACGUGCCUGGUGUACUGCGAUGGCGGCGUGGCGGCGUCGGGCGGAGCGGUGGCUGCCGCUGCUGUGUGGGCGGCUGUGCUGUUGAGCGUGGGGCUGGCGGCGUGA